CUGCUGCCCCCCCGCCCCCGGCUCUAUUUUCACCGCCGGAUAAAGUGCCGCAGCUCGCCGGGAUUCAGCGCAGAGCAGCGGCAGGAUGAAGUCCCGCGCAGAGCUGGAGAGCGACACGGAGAGCUCCGAUGGGGAGUCCACGGGCGACUACAGCCCGCACAGGGAGCCCGGGGAGCGGCUGGCGAAGAGCGGCUGCCCGGAGGCGGCGAGCAGGAGGAGGCGGAGGAGGAGCGGCAGAGACGCGCGGCUUUCCGGUGUUAGCAGACAGAGGCAGGCGGCGAACGCGCGGGAGCGCGACAGAACGCACAGCGUGAACACCGCGUUCACCGCGCUGCGCACCCUGAUCCCCACCGAGCCCGCAGACAGGAAGCUGUCCAAGAUAGAGACGCUGCGCCUGGCCUCCAGCUACAUCUCCCAUCUGGCCAACGUGCUGCUGCUGGGGGAGGACUGCAGGGACGGACAGCCCUGCCUCCGCUACCAGGACAGGAUCCUGCACGGCCCCCCCGCGCUCAGCGCGCCCCCCCUGCGGCCCAUCUGCACCUUCUGCCUCAGCAACCAGAGGAAACAGCUCAAAGAUGUUGGGAAGCACUCAUCAUCUGUGUGAAACGCAGCGGCCCCACACUGACAUGGACUCCUCCAGGAUGUUUACUCUCUAAACUUUGUAAAUAAAUAUUUAUUUAUUUAAAACAGACUCCAGGACAAAGGAGACUAACAGUCGAGCACUUUCUCUCCAGCUUGCUGUGUUUCUGAACCUCAGUGUUUUGACUGAGGUGUAACCUGAGCCGGUUUGUGCAGCUGCACCUGACGUGGGGCUAUUUUGGUCUCCACCGAUAGUACAACCUACCCCCCCCCCUCCCUCCCACACGUAGCUCCUAAAAAACAGCCUGGUCACCUUCAGUGCAGUGGUUGCUGUCAGUUUACAAGUAGCUGCCUUCAGCAUUAAAAGGACCUCGAGGAACCUACUGCCUGUAGUGGUGGACAUCAGGAACUGCAGCACCACCUGCAGAAACAUGACGAGCAAUUUGCACAACAGCCUCAGAGCUUUGACUCCCCAUCAGCUGGAGAUCUCAACAUACCUGAUAAAGUCUUGGAAACAUUCAAAUCCAAACAUAUUGGAGCCCGACUUCAGCAAUCCGAUCAACACAGUUCUCCAACUUCUAACCAGAGAGGAACUUGAGGUAAAGCUUUUUCACAAAGGAUUUACCAACAGCAUUGGCACAAACAUCCCCCCAGCUUUAAUUAUGUGUUUACCAUAAGAAACCAGUAAACAGCCCUGUUGUCUUGCAGAAGGAAGAUGCUGGAAUAUUGGUGUGUGGAGAUUUCAUAAACAAAAGUUGCCUACAGUAACUCCA